UCGGCCUCUUACCAAGUUAAGUUCAUAAGUCAUAACCAUCGCUUCUACUAAAUUUUUCAAGCUUAACCACUGAAAACAAAACACUGCCACUGAUUCAUUCAAUCGUCAAAUUUGUUCCUUUUUCUCAUUUCUAAAUUCUACGAUGCAAAUGGUAUCUUCAAUAAUCUCAAGGACCAUAACUUCUUUGUCCAAGACCCGAAGCCCGAUUCUGCUUAAAUGCCCUUUCUUUGCAGCAACUACCCAGAAAUUGCAGCAACCGGAGAUUCCGAGAGAUUUUCGAAAAUGGGGUUCGGUUGGAUUUUGCAGGAUGUCAAAGUUCGCCAAUGGGUUCACUCCUUUGCAGACAAAGCCCUUGGAUUCCAUUGUAGAUGUUGAAAUAUUGAAGGACCGCUACCUUGAUGAUAUUGCUUCUAUUUGGGAUGAUUAUCACUUGGGAAGAGGUCAUAUUGGAGCAUCCAUGAAAGCAAAAUUUUAUAACCUGCUAGAGCAUAGAGCUUCAGAAUGCCGAUAUUUUGUCAUUCCUGUGUGGAGAGAAAGCGGUUAUACGACAAUGUUUGUGCAGUGCCAGACUCCACACAUUCUUUUUACAGGUCUUGAAGAUUACAAGGCCAGGAGAACACAAGCAGCCCCCUACUUUACUGUGACCUUUUACAAAGAAUUUACUGAGACCAGGGACUUGGUGCUUAUCCGUGGGGAUGUUGUGUUUACCAGCAAGCUGACCGACUCUGAGGCGGAAUGGCUAAUAGAAACUGUUCAGUCUUUCUAUUUGAAUGAUGCGAGGUACAAACUGGUUGAGAGGUUCAACAAAGAAACACAUGAUUUUGAGUUUAAGGAUGUCUUACAAGCGUUGAACAUGUCCAUUCUGUGACCACUUUUAAUUGGACAAAUACUAAAUUGCUGCAACAAGUAAAGAAGAAGGGUUGAUUGGAGCUAGGACAUUGAAGUUGCAAAUGAACCUGUUUAUCGAGAUGUCUGUCUGCAGCCUAUGGUGAAGGGAGGCACAAAAUGGAAAUGACUCAUGGCAAGGUUUGAGGAGAUAUUUCUUCAUUUUUUAUUUGUUAAAAUCUUUCGUUCAAAUACUUUUAUGUGUUUUCUUCUGGUGCAAGGAAGGGACUAGAAGUUAACUUUCAAUUAUAUAUAUCCCCAAAUGUAGUCUUAUUUC